AUGGGUAGAUAUUCUGUUAAAAGAUAUAAGACCAAAAGAAGAACACAAGAUUUGGAUCAAUGUUAUGAUGAUUUAACUUCAAAAGACAGGAUUCAAUAUUUGUUGAACCAACCUUUGGAUGAAACAAAGCCAGGUUUAGGUCAGCAUUAUUGUAUCCAUUGUGCUAAAUAUAUGGAAACUUCUAUGGCUUUAAAAACACAUUUGAAAUCAAAGGUUCAUAAAAGAAGAGUUAAAGAUUUAAAAGGUGUACCAUAUACACAAGAAGUUGCAAAUGCUGCAGCUGGUGUGGAUUUAAAUAAAUUUUUGAGUAGAGUUGAACAAAUCAAAAAUAACGUCGGUCCAGAGAAGGAAUCUAAUGAAGUUCUAUUGAAAGAUCAUCUAGAUCAAUCACUGGCAAAUAUUAAAUCUACUGAGCCAACAUUACCAUGGGCUAACGAUGCGGAAACUAACACUGAAGAAGUUAAAACUACUGAUGAAGUCGCAAUGCAAUAA